AUGGCGACCUCGAAUGGGAACGCGGUCGUCGGCAGCGCGGCACAUACGCCCAACACAGAGGUAGACUCGGCACGGACGCCAAAGAGGCCAAUGUACCUCAACACACGCACGUUUACAUCACACAUUUUCUAUGGGCCGUACAUAUGGCUGCCGAUCAUCUGCGCCUUCGCAUGGCUCUCUGCCCUCCUCGCACUGUUGGGAAUAUGGGUGCAUGAUGGCAAGCCUCGGUACAAGUCGACAGAGGCGGCUGUGGUGUUCAUCAGUGACAUUGCUGCCGGGCACAAGCGGGUGUUCAUCCCACUAACCUGUAUUACGGCUGCCUUUUACGUCGCCUCGCUGCUGGCUGAGAGGUGGCUCCGCUAUAUCGAUCGACUGCCAACUGAUAUCCGCAAGCGUGAAGAAAUCCUGUCCUGGCUCGGUAUUGUCUGUGCGACCAUUGGCGGCACGGCACUCAUCCUCCUUGCAGUGUUUGACACGUUCCACCACUCCAGAGUCCACUGGUCGAUGACCUGUCUGUUUGUGAUCGGUGUUGCCUUCUCGGCGAUUUUCCAGAGUGGCCAAGUGUGGUCGCUGCACAAGGAUCACCCCAACCGCCCAUCGCUGCUGCGCAGCUCGAUCGCCAAGCUUGUCAUCGUGGUUCUGGCAAUCGCUGGAGCGAUCGCGUUUGCCGUGUUGUAUGGUAUCUGCCGAGGCAAGGACCUGGCAAGGAGAAAGCACACGGCCGCGCAGUGCGAACGCAUCACGUCCGGUGCGGCCGCGAUGGAGUGGACGAUCGCGUUCAUCUUGUUCUUCUACUUCCUUACCCUGGUUGCCGACUUGUGGGGCGCCGCCAAGUCGAGCCCGCGCUACAUUCGCAGCCUCGAACGAUGGGAGCAAAAGAAUGGCAUUGCCCCGAGCGCAGGCCGGGUCAUGAAGGAGACCGUAUAG